UUGUAGAAAAUGAAGAAACUCCCCAGGAACGGGAGAGUCCUUGGUUUGAGGGGAGCUGGUCGUUGCUGCUGCACGUGGCCAUUUUCCUUGACCCAUAAGUGGGGCAGGGGGGUCACACGGUUGGCGCCGAAGGAGGCGCCCGCCCGCACAAGUCUCGCGCUUCCCGCCUUCCAAGGCUUCGGGAUCGCGCGCAGCCCUCAGGGCGCGCCUGGGAAUCCCUUUGCAGCCUGAGACACCUCCCUCCCUCUCCCAAUGCGUUUCCAGGGAAACCCUUGUGGGGACCUAUUUUGUUGGCUGAGGGCUGCAGUCACAAUCCUGCUACACACAGCGUGAUGUCAGGCUUUUAUGUAUUGGGGGUGUGAGGCUCAGGUGGGAGAGACACACACACACACACACACACACACAAAGUUGCCCCUUGGAAAACUUUGGGGUGGGGCUAGGGUGGGGUGGGGGUGUCCCCACUUUGGUGCCACUAUGAAGUAGGUGGUAAGAGGUCUGAACUGGAGUUCUGCAGCCACCUUCUCUGCCCCAGUUCCCUUUGCUUUGGGGUGUAUGGGAGGGGUCCUGGAUUUGUUUAUUGGGGUUUCCUUUCUUUUUUAAAUGCACUGCUGUAUAUUUUGUGUUCUUCCCCAAACGCCACUCCUCCCCAGCCCUCACUGUUUGUCUGAACUGGUGACUUCAGUAUGGUGGGAGCGACUCGGCCUCGAGCCGUCUAUAGCUUGACAGACGUCACCCCUGCCCGGACGAUUUGGGUGUACCGUAAUGGCGACCCCUUCUAUUUGGGAAGGAAGUUUGUGAUCAACCACCGCUAUGUGCCUAACUUCGAAGCCUUCAUGAUACAACUCAACGAAGGCGUGGCCACACCCUUUGGGGUGAGGAAAAUAUACACACCCCGCCAAGGGCAUUCGGUUAUGGACCUGACCGACAUUGAGCAAGGAGGCAGAUACGUGGUUGCCGGCAGGGAAAGGUUUAGGAAACUGAAUUAUUUCAGUAUAGGGGCAAAGAAACCUCAAAGAAAGAAGAGGGAUGAGGUGAUUCGACCCGUGGUCCACAGUAAUAUAAAAGUACCUUCCAAAUGGCAUUCAAACUAUAAUAAGCCACUAAAUAUUAGUGUUUUCACAAACGGAGACAUGUUGAUACCGCCUGUGAAAAUUCUCCUCCCCAAGUUCACGCUGAAAAGUUGGAACGGUGUCCUUGGACUGAUAAAUGAAAAAGUAUCUUCUCGCUCUGGGGGUAUCCACAGACUGUUUACAUUAAAUGGCCAGUCUGUACAUGGGUCUGACGAGCUAGAACAUAACCAUUUUUACGUUGCAUGCGGCAAAGAAAAAUUUCAGCCUUUGCCGUACUGGCAGCAUCCUAGAGUUCCAGAAGAUAUUCGGCGGUAUAAUUCUAACACACCUGGACCUCUAGAAGGGCCCCCUCCGAAAAAGUGUGCCAAGACUUGGCUAUUUUGCCUGUAA